CAUCAUCAAUGUCGUGAUCAGACGCUUUCCUGGUAGGCAGUUGGUAGCUGUUCAACUUCCCCCCACUCCUCAUCUGCUAUUCUUCACGAGUAUACAUUCAUGCAUAAACUGUAUACCGGUGUUGAUUCCAGGGUCAUACCUCUGAUUUAGGGAGAUUUUCUGCGUCCUAGUUUCUGCAAUGGCGGUCAAUUCCGCCCAAGAGUGCCCAAAUGCCCAUGGUGUUGCAAUCUUGCUUGGUGUUGAGCAUAUCACAAACGCCAGCUAUGUUGAUGUCCUUAACACGAUGAAAAGCAGCACAUGCUCAAACACUGAACUUAAGUCACAAAACAAUACCAACGAAAAGGUCGUCAAAGCAGAUUCUUAUGUGCUGUGCAGCCCAGAUAUUGAUAUUGAGAAGGGAGAGAAAGAUUCUACCGUUAUUGAAGAAUCGGCAGCAAAUUGGAAAUCCGAUGAUUACUUAGAUAGAGAGGCUUGCUUACAAAUCGGAGGGAAAUUUGUUCAGCUAUUGAUGAGCUUUGGUUGGGACUUGCCCAAGUUCACUUUGAGAGAUAAGUUUGCGGCCGAGAGAGUUUAUGAAACGCCUACCCACAGAAUGCGGAAAUACAAACGAUACCCCUCGUUCAAUUCGAGAAGAGUGCUUCUCCUCUUCUCAAUCUUGUCCAGUUUGGGAACAAUGAUUUUAAUCUAUUUGACACUAAGAGUGAGGGUGCAGAUCAACAACGAUGGCUCUGCUAAUAAUGUAUGAGAUGGAUUCGGAAGGAGCUGACAAUUCUAUUCCAUCGGUUAGCAGUAUUUAGGAAAAUAUGAAUACACAAGAAACUCCGGAAGAAAAUACUAACAAUGAUAGUUUGGAAACUAAUGACUCCACCGAUUGUAAAUGAAAAAAGACA